GGCUUGAUAACAAGUAUGAUGUAGAACAUCGAACAUUUUCAAAAAAAAAUUGUCCUCUGUGGAACACAUCACAUUGACAACAGAGAUUUGGUCCGACAGUAUGCAAAUGCGCAGCUUCUUGGGUCUCACUGCACAUUGUGGAGUGGUUACAGGACUAAAUUCUGUAACUCUUGGUGUCUACGAACUAAGCGAACGCCGCACAUCCGAGUAUUUAUCUGAAAUACUUUUAAAUACAUUCAGAGAAUGGGGCAUAAAUCCUGAAACCAUAUCAGCAGUUGUCACUGACAAUGCAGGAAAUAUAGUAAAAGCUAUUGACCUGGCUUUUAGUCAAAGAAAACACAUACCAUGUUUUGCACAUACGCUAAAUAUAGGGGCUCAAACUAUUUUACAUAAUGAUAAACUAAAAAACAUAAUUUUGAAGAUGGAAUCUAUUAUUACAUGGUUUAAACAAAGCUGCAUUGCCAGUGAUGAACUUCGUAAAGCUACAACCGAAGAAACAAAGCUCAUCCAAGAUAUUUCAACUCGUUGGAAUAGCACAUAUUUUAUGAUAGAACGAUUUUUAAAACUCUGCGUUUAUGUGAAUGAAAUUGUUUCACUGUUAAGUCCAUUUGAAGCUGCUACCAGGGAAGUCUCAGGAGAUCAUUAA